ACUUCAUUAGAAUUUAGAAGGUAUAGGCAAACUCUCUUCCAUCAUUUCACCAUUCUCUCCAUAAAAGCUCCUCUUUUUAUUCUGUCAGCUCACCUGAAGAUGUAAUUAUCAUCACUGAAAAUCAAACUCUCAGGGAAAGUUACAAGGUUACACUAGCAAAAAGAAGUUGUAAAACUACCCAUACACAAUGGCUCUAGCAAUACCAAUACCAGAAAAGUUGCUAAACUUUCUGUUAGAAAAGGUUGCUCCAAUCAUUAAGACAGAGACUCAAAAAAUCUUGAGUGUUCCAGAGCUAGUUGAUGGCAUUAAAAAUGAAAUGGAAAUUGCUAAAGAUUUCCUCAAAAAAACAGAAGAAAGAGUGGAUAAAGCAGAUGAUCGAACAAAGAAACGCGUUGGAGAGUUAAGAGGAUUGGUGUUUAUGGUCGAGGAUGUCUUAGACGACUACAAGAUACUAGGUCAGCAGCAAUACAACAAUCAAUACGAAGAGAACAAUAAUGGGUGCAUCAUGGGUAUUCGGGAGUUGUUACAUGGUAGUAACACAGCUGUUGUAGGUUUCAAAGGUAAACAUGGGCUUGCUUGCAAGAUUGUGAGGAUUAAGAACGCAAUGGACAAACUAAAAGGAAAUGGAAAAAACUACGAGGACCUGAUUUGCACUCAGGUGCGAGAGUCAGAUUCCGAGGAUGAGAUGGAGGAGGAAAAUGGUCGAAGAAAGAAAUUGCACGACCCUGGAUAUCGACCACUCUAUAAGGACGAAGAAGAACUUGUGGGAUUUAAUGAGCGAAAGAAGGAAAUAAUACACAAGUUAGAUUUGGAGAAGAUUAAGUAUGACAAAGGACAAUUUGUGCUUGCAGUUUGGGGUCCGCCUGGUGUAGGAAAGACAACUCUUGCUCGGAAAGUAUAUGAAGAUGAGGAAGUAAGGAAGUAUUUCUCAUGCUAUGCUUGGACCACAGCAACCAAACCUUAUAAGCGAGUCGAUCUACUUAAGUGCUUGUUUAAGCAAUUCAUUAACUGUUCAAAAUCAAGAAAAACUUCCUUAGUUAAUCCUAUAUCUGUGCAAGAUGUGCAAAAUUUGGAGAACAACGAGGUGGUAAUCACUGAUCGUUUGAGGACUUACCUCAUAGAAAACCAUGCCUCUGAUAGGUACUUGGUGGUUAUUGACAAUGUCUCGGAUAAAGGAGAGUUGUCAAGGAUCAUAAAGGCAGCUUUCAUACCGAGUAUCAGCAACGGUGGUAGAUUAUUGAUAACCACAAAGAGUGAAGGCAUCGCUAAUUAUUGGAAGACUUCAUCUUUCCAUGGAGAAGUCCACGGCUUGCAAGCUUUGUCUAAAGAAGAUGCGGAAAUUCUGUUCAAUAAAAAGACUUUUGGUAACCAAGAAAAAUGCCCUUGGAAGCUAGAAAGCUUAAAGGAUACAAUUGUGGAGGAAUGCGAUGGUUUACCCUUCUUAAUUGAGAGAGUAGGGGAAGUGUUCUCAACUACCCAGAAGUGGAUUGAGUUGUAUCAUGAUUUUCAAAUCAAUCCUCUUUCGCCAAGGGCCAAGAGAUUUCUACUCUCAAGCUACUAUGAGAUGCCUUAUCAUCUCAAGCCUUGUUUCUUGUAUUUGUGCAUGUUUCCUAAAGGUUCCAAAUUAGAUAGAAUGACUAUUGCUCGUCUAUGGAUUGCUGAGGGUUUUGUUCAAGCUAAAGAACACAACACUGUGGAAGAAGCCGCUGAAGAAUAUCUCAACGAACUUGUUGAAAGAGGUAUGCUUCGUCUUUUGGAGAGCGACGAAACAGGAAGAAGAAGGAAAUUUCGAGUUCCUAAUAUGUGGCAACAUAUAAUGCUCCCGAAAUUGGCUGAUCUACGUUUUUGUCAAGUACUGCCACAAAACAUGUUUAGUACAAAUAGUCAAUGCCGAAGGUUAUCAGUUCACAGUGAUCUCCAAGACACCGUCAUUUCUUCUAAUGUUCGUUCUAUUCUUUCGUUUGCUCAUCCUGAGAAGUUUCCAAUUGUAUGGCCAGUGCCACUCCAGGAUUCUGCCUUUCGAUUAAAAGUCCUUGACCUUCAAAAGGCCGAGUUUACUGAAAUCCCAAUAGUAGUAGGAAAUCUACACAACUUACGUUAUCUAUGCUUGAGGAACACCGCAGUUAAGCAACUUCCAAACACUAUAGGCGGACUUUGGAACCUGCAAACUUUAGAUCUGAAGCAAACUUCCGUUAUGGAAUUACCAGAAGAAAUAAAACGUCUUCACAAGCUGCGACAUCUUCUAGCAGGCCGCUAUGAAGAUAUAAACAAGGUACCCGUGAAAAUCAAAGAGAAGACGUUACACAACUUCAAGGAGCUCCAAAAGCUUGUGUUUGUUGAUGGCAGUGCAGACCAUUUAGUUACGGACUUGUGUGAAUUAACGCAAUUGCGAAGGCUGGGUAUUGCGAAACUGAAGGCAAGCCUCGCAGAAACCUUUUACGUGGCUUUGGAAAACAUGACCGAGCUUCGAUCAUUGAGCAUAACCAUGGAGAAGGAUGACGAUGUUCUGAACCUACAGAAUGUAAAAAAUCCUCCUCAAUUUCUGGAACGUCUUUACUUAGUGGGGCGUUUGAAGGAUAAUGAGUUGCCAAUAUGGAUAGGUAACCUCGCUCAUUUAGUAAGAAUAAAGUUAAAGAACUCGCAAUUGAAAAAAGAUCCAUUGGGAACGCUAAAAACUACGAAAGAUUUGCUAGUGCUUGAACUAGAUAACACUUAUGAUGGUAAGGUAUUAGAUUUUGGUUACAGGGGAUUCAGGAAACUACACGUUUUGCGCAUCCAACAAUUGCACAAUUUGAAAAUCAUAAAGGCUGGAGUUAACGCUUUGUGUGAACUUCAAAAAGCUGAAUAUCAUGAUUGCCCAACAUUGAAAGAUAUCGAGAUCCCAGAUCAAAUACAAAAAGUUCUCAAAGAAAUUUAAAUGUAAGUGUACUCCCUCUAAAUAUAUUUUGCUUAUAAUUCUAAGAAAAAUUGCGUGUAACGGGCUGAACUUUGAACUUUAGUUGGUUUUUACCUGUUGGUGACAUGAACAUCAAACCACUUGUGCUGCAUGUAUAGUCACGUCAUAGAAGGGUGACAUGUGCAUUACCAUGUCAGAUUAAGGGGUCACUUGUACAACCACGUGAGCAAGUGACCUAAUGUUCAGGUCACCAUCAGGUAAAAGUCUAUUAGAUGAAAACUAAGUUCAAAGUUCAUCCCAACAAAUACAAUAUUUGAAAUUGGAUAUGUUUUAUGCAAUGUUUCCUAAUUCUAAAGGACUCUCGUGUUUGUCAUGGAAAAGAAGAUAUGUUAGCUCAUCUUAUUUAUAGUGUGCUAAUUAUUGUGUUCAGACCAAUACAGGAAAUUGCGUGAAAAUCAGAUCAGAGGGAACAUAUAAUAUCCUAUGCCAACAUGAAGUAUAUCAAGCUUCCCAAGGCUAGGCUAAUAACAUUCAUCACACUCCCAGCAAUUCAUAAACGUUUAUACAUUGAACAUAUUAUUAUUAUUUAUUAUAUUGUUACUAGAUUUUUGUAUCAGAUCAUUAAAAUACAUUUUUUUUUUCAAUUAUGGGGAUCAAAGAACAACAACAAAGUAAUAUUAGCAAGUUUAUCAAAAUCCAAGAGCAAAGAGAAAGAACACACCAAGUUGGAGGUGGGAAAAAUACACCUGAUGUAUCUAUAUCAGCCAUAUUCUCAACACCCCCUCAAAACUAAGACGUCCCAAGGACAUACCUAAUUUGCUUAAAAGAUCAGUGAACUGAGCAGAAGGCAAGAUUUAUGUUGUGUGGGUAAAUAAAAUAACUGCAUCGCUCCUUCUAGUACUUUUUCUCAAGUAAAAUGGCGAUACACUUGUAUGUGUUUUGUUCGAUCACUUGAAUAGCCGUCAUAUGGACGCACCCUCUCACCACCCAAUGGUAUUCCAUAACCGAAUUCUCGUAGUCUUCUAUAAACCUCUGCAGGUUGGCGCACAGAAGAGGUGCAUAUAUCAAAUGAUCCUUGCCGACUUGUGGAAUUUAUAUCAAAUUUUACAAAACAAAAUCGUCACUAAUUCAAGCCUUGAAAUGAAUACUAAUUUUAUCUUAGAACAAUGUCCAAGUUUUAACUCCAAAAGCUUGAUUAAAAAAUUCUUGGAAAUUACUUAUUACCUGAAAUCAAAAUGAUGGUAGAGACAAUCAAAUUCAGAAGCUGCAAGCUCUUACUUGGAUAAAUGAAAGGAGUGGAAAGAGGGAUUGCUACAGUUCAAAAUUAAUUUUGAGUGAUAUACGACUAGGGAUGGCAAUUCAGUCCGAAUUCGACUCUAGUCCGACUUGAUCCGAGGAAAAUAAUCCGAUUUGAGUCCGAGGAAAAGGUUAUCCGACUUCACGAUCCGAAUCCGAGUUAGAGACGGACCGGAGUUGGACUUUAUUAAAAAUCCGACACUCCGAUCUGACUCCGAUCCUGAAGGAAAUCCGACUUUGAAUUUGACUUUUAAUCCAAUAUUUUGUUUCCUUUAAAACUCUAGACGUGACUAAUUCAAGCUCUCUCUCAUACUAAUUGUAAUUUUCGAUUUUGAAAAACUACUUAGUAUUUUUAUUUAGAUCAAUCAAUCAAAAUACGACAAAUCAGAUCAAGAGAAAUAAAAUACACCAAAUCAA